AUGGCCAAAUUUGAAUUCAAAGAAUCAAUCUCUGUCAUGACAUAUGGUGUGUAUGAUUUAAUUUGUAUAAUAAUUUAUCCUACUCAAUACAUUGGAUACAUUGAAAUGAAUGUACGCAUGCGCGCUCUGAGAUUGUUUUGUUUUCAUUUUUCAUGUGGCAAACAUUUGAAAAGAAAAUUACUAGAUUCAAUAAUGGAGUUAGAUCCGAAUGAUGAUCUUUAUCAACAAUUUAUCAAUUCAUUUCAACAAAGUGAUUUAGAUCGAUUAUUUGCCGAUGAUGACGAUGAUCCAAAUGACCAGGAUUAUAAUGUAUAUCAGGAUGUCUGUAAUAUUGAUGAUUUCAAAGAAUUUCUUGAUUUUUUCGAUGAAACAUUCAAAAACACACCGGCCACCGAUAAUGGCAAAGAACCGAGUCAAACAAAACUGAUCGACCAAACCAAAUCCGACUGUGAUAAGCAGCAACAUUCAUUUUCGAAUAAUCAAUUAGAAAUUCUUUAUCAUCAGCUAAGUUUUCACACUCAAUUACUUACACAGGAUUGGAUCCUAUCCAUUCGUUAUGAUGAUGAUGAUGAUAAUAAAAUCCAAAACGGAUAUAGGAAAAUGCUUGAAGAAUUGAAUGAAUUAUCUUUAAAGAAUGAUAGGAAUGUUUUACGAUUGAUUCGAAAUCUUGAACCGGCUAUUCAACUGAUCGAACACGAUGGUGAUGAUAUUGUUGAAAAGGAACGUAACUCCAAUUUCGGUACAGUAUUGACAUCUCAGCUAAAAUCAUUUCUAAUCAAACAUCGUGAUAUAUUCCCAUUUGGAUGGGCAUUACCAUCUCGACCUUUUUUAUCACGUAACAAAUCCACACAGACAAUAUUCACUGAAGCUGAUGAUCAUCUAAUUGCAUUUGGUUUUGAGAAAUUUUUUCUUUCAAAUCGUAAAUCGACUCGUAAUAAUUCUGUUUAUAAAUAUAUUCAUAAUAAUCUGUUGCCAAUUCAUUCGGAACAUUCAAUAUGUCAUCAUGUCAAAUAUUUAAAGCUGAUGAAAAUUAAAAAAAUUAACCAACAAUUAAUUGACCCACAAAAAUAUGAUAAAUGGUUCACUAAUCCAAUUGUUUAUUAUUUUCGGGAAAAUAAACUGCUUCCAUUUAAUCGAUAUUUUAGCAAAGAAAAUUUAUCGAAUAUUUAUCAUUUAUAUCCAUUGCCAGAUUGGUAUCAGAAAUAUAUGGAUAAAGAUGAUUCAAUCAAUCCUAUACUCUAUAUUGAUGAUUCAAGGAAAAAUAAUAACAAUGAUCAACAUUGUAAUGAACAACAGAAAGCCAAAUCAACGACGAGUUUAUCGCCAUCAUCAUCAAGUAAAUAUCAAACAAUCGUACCUAAACCAGAUUCGAAUGGUAAUUUACCAAUUUUCGCAUUACCUGGCCAACAAACUAUAUAUGCCGAUGGCACAAUCAUACAAAAUAUUUUGACUAAUCAAAGUUAUUCAUUCCAUACAAUUGCCAGUCUAACACCAAAACGAAUAUAUAGAAAAUCAAAUCAUUACAAAUCAUCAAAGAAUGAUGAACAUUCUAUGAUUUCUAAGCCAUUACAAAUCUGUCCAUCAACACAAGAAUCCUUGGAAGCGAAUUGGCCCGUUGAGAAUGAUGAAAUUAUUAGUGAUAUAGUUCCAAAUCAACCAGAAAUACCCGCUAGUCGCGCAUCCCCAAAGAUAUCGGCGGACGAAAAUUGUGACGAUUAUGCAGAAUUCGAAGACAUUGAAAUUGAUGAUAACAAUAAUGAUGAUGUGGAAAUUGAUAAAGUUGAUGAUGAACACGAUCAUGCUAAAAAUGUUGUCGAAGAAGAAGACGAGGAAGACGAUGAAGAAGAAAUCGAAGAUGAAGAUGUUGACGAUGAUGGUGAUGAUGAAGAAGAUUUGAUGGCAUUAAUGGAGGCCAGUUGGACAACUGUUGCCAAUAGUCAACAUGGUAAACAACCACAACAACGAUCACACCAAGAUCAAGAUGAUGUUGGACGUAUUAAUCGACGAAAAUCCGAAUUAUUAGCUUUGCAACGGGAAUCAUCCCGAUAUAUUAUUGAACAUUCGACCGGUGGUGCAUCAUCGAACAUCGAUUCGAUUAAUGAUCGUCUAAUCAGCUAUUAUCUAAAACGUAGUCGUAAAUUACUUGUAUAUGAUGAAGAUUAUUUCCGAUUCUUGGAAUUAAUUUCCAAUUUCAAUGAUCAACCGUAUUCACAUGAAAAAAUGUAUAAUCAACUUCGUGAAUUUCUUUUCGAAAUUCGUUGUAAAUAUGCUGAACAACAUGCUGACAAUGCUGUCCUCAGACAACAAGUUCUCGAUGGUUUCGAUGAAUUAAUCGAAUUAUUACUGUUGUUGGUGUUGUUCUCUAUCGAUCGAUCUGAUAGCAAUCACUAUUUGAUGAAUAAUCGAUCAACAUUUGAAUAUCUACAUUGGCAACGAACCUUGGAAUUUUUCCGUAAACUUGAACUAUAUCUAUCAUUCGUCUAUGAUGGCCAUCCAAAUCAACAACAAAAUUGUGUGCAGAAAAUGAUCCGUUUAUUAAAUCAAUCAUUGUCACAACAUAAACAUACAUCCAGUGAACAACGAACAAAAAUCAAAACAUCUGUAUCGAAAAUUCUCAGUAAUCAUCCGCUUUUAAUGAAAGAAUUUUCCUCGCUAUUCCUAGAAGAUUCACCAUCCGAUCAUCUUUAUAGUGAUGCUGAAGAUUUUGAUGAAUUCACCAUUCCAACCGAUAUUGAAAUGGACACGGAUGUUGUUGUCGUUGUUGAUGAUGAUGAACUUUCUAUUGAAAAUUGUACGAUUCCAAUCGAUCCGAAUGAUUCGAAAUAUGGUACGAAUGAAUGUCCAUGUAGGGAAUGUCAUCAUCAAACGACCGAAACAACGACAACAACAGCAGCCAACAAUCAUUGUACAAUGUGUUCGAUUCGAUUCAUUUCUGGUCGGAUCUAUCUGCCACAAAUAUCAACGAAUUCGAAACGUCUACAAUUAGUUGAGUACGUUCAUCAACGACAUCAACAACAGUCAUCAUCUUCUCCAUUACGAACAAAUAAAUUGGAUUGGAACAAACUGACAGUACAAACACCGGCUUGGACAUUGGAAGAGGAUCGAAUAUUAUUACAAACCUGUAGAUCAAUGAUUGUCGAUUUUAAUAUAACCAAAUUGACAGAAAGUAUCAUUGAUCGUUUGGCCAUUAAAUUAGCAAAUGAAAAUGUUUUCAAUCAAAAACGAACUUUCACAGAUAUUGCAGAACGACUGAGACAUUUGAUUGAAAUUCUUACUUGUUGAUUGAUUUUGAUUUUGAUUUGAUAAUUUGAUGAUUAUGUUAUGUUUAUUAACCUUUUUUACUUUGAAUAAAUUUUUGCACUUUAAAUAAUAAAAGCGAAAGCGAUUGUAUUUUUGCA